UAGUAAUCAGCUCAGCAACGAAUAUUUCAUUCAUUUAAUUCUGACUGUGUAUCUACAUUUAUUUUUAAGUCCUUAAGAUGGAGGUCAGAUCGCAGCCGCUUCCGGACAAUUUUUGUUUAUUCUUGCGACAGUAUUUUUGCUGUAGACGAAAACGACAAUGGAAUCCAAUCAACCAAAGGAAACCAAAAGUUCGACGAGAGAGGAGCCGUGUUACAUUUGCAGCAAAAGUAAACAAGGUGGAGCCACUAUUUGUACACCAGGAGUCAUUAGAUGAAACAUGUUCAGACGACAAUAGCGAUCACGGGCUCUCAUACGACGACCGACUGAAGGCUAGUGAAGAAAAAGCUUCCGAAGAAAAUUCUUCAACAACAGCCUUACUAGAUGAACGGUUUUCAGAUAGAUCAUCAUCGGAAUCGGAAUACGAAGAAGGAGAGAUUUUAACAGUUGAAGCUUUUAUAGAGAAGUACGUACAAGAUACAAUUCAUGCAGCCCUGGACCAAUGGAGAAAAGACUGUGAGCAUAUUAGUCAGACUGAAUUACGAGAUAUAGAGGAGGAGGAGGAUCCAGAAUAAAUGCUGCGUUAAGGAAAAAAUAUAUUGCUGCGUCAAUGCAAAACAAUAUUAUUAUUUUUUAUUAUUUAAAUUGUGAUAAAUUACAUGUAUUUAUUUCAAUAUAUUAUAAGUAUUUAUUUUUAUUCUCAUAAAUAAUAAAGGUAUCUAAUUGCAUUUUUAAUGUGUCAGUAAAAAUGACAAUGAAUUGAGUUUCCUCCUAUGUUACAUAGUAGUUUUCAUUGACAAAUACAUAAUUUACUACUACGAGAGAUCUUUAGA